AUGUCGUCACUACGCAAGAAGGAUGUAAGUCAUGGUGAGGUCCACGAUAACCAUUGGCCGCCUAUCGUAGGCGCCGGGGAUGCGACUUCAUCAUCCUCUUUUACGGUGAAGCAGAGGGAGUCAGGUGUCCACCCGGACUCAAGGGUCACAGAUGGCUAUACGUCGAACAAUCUAGCUGCAAAUAUGUGGGAGCCUUUUGAUCAGCCAGUCGCAUUGCCAACACAGGACGCUCCUUCAUCACCUUUCACUAUUCCCAUACGAGAGCCUUUCGGCCCACACGGUUCCCACCCAUUGACGUCUUUUGGUGCUAACAAAGCAGCUGACCGUACUGCGAAUUCUGGAUCGCAAACUCAGCACCAAUCCUUGGGAUUAAACUUACACCAUCGCUCAAGUCCUUCCAUGUCAGUCCUUUCGUGCAAACAACCCCGACAACAGUCGCGCUACUACGCCCAAGCACUGUCCGCAGAAGACAGACUAGCGCUUGUACAGGGCAUAGAGGACGACAGCCUUCAAGAUUGGUUGGGCGAGAGCGCCAAUACUCGUCACGAUAGGCCCGGAGACUUGGUUCCACGCGUGAUGCCAAAGGUGGAGAGAACCAAUGCGCUUACCACUAUGGAGGAUGAUAAGCAGCACAGCCAGCGCGCUUUGUCAAAGCUGACAAAGAAGGUGCGUAAAUUUUUUGGCCUAUCUCAGGUUCAAACCAAGAUUGCUUCUAUUGACGCCAAAAAGGAUGAAGAGUCUGUUUACUCAGAGUCCCGGCGCGCUUCUUGUCAUUCGACGUACAAUUUUCGUUCUUCUACAUUAUCGCCUCCAGAACCAUCUCCGCUACCCGAGUCAAAAUCCACACCAUCAUUCCAGGAGUUUGUGAACAACGCGCCUCGCUAUCACGGCUCACAUGCUCGAGCAGCAAGCAGUGAAGACUACUUCUCGCAACAUUCCAAUUCUCGGAUAAGCACCUGUAACGCGAACUGCACCUCAUCCCUAGCAUCCAAUUCCGGUCCACUAUCAUCAUCCGAUACCUCCACCCGUGUUCGCAGUCCUCUACUCCAGGAAGUGAAGUUCCGGGCUAACCCAGAGACGACGUUCGAUUCUCUCCUUGCGCCACACAAAUCUGGGAAGGGUGAGGUAUUGAAGGAUUCAAAAUAUGCACAGAAGGUCAAGACACCAAAGGCGAGCCCAAACCUAAACGCGAAGACUAAGAGGUUGACAAAGAUGCCCUCGAUACCGUUGCUGCUGAGGCGUGGUAGUAGAACCGAAGAAUAA